GAAAAACAGAGAUUUCCCAAGAAAUGGAGUAUAGCAGAGCUAUAUCUGGGGAAGCUAUAUUUAUGGCUCAUAAUGAGGGCUUAAGCUUUGAAGUCCCGUCUACUUUUUGGCCUUGCCAUGAUUCAGCUUUGAACAUGGCAGCCCUAGGUGAAGUUUCCGGCUAUUCUUCUGAUAUGUCUAAUUCUAAGUUUUACACUGCCUCACAUUUUAGUGGCAGUAGCUACUACAUGAAUGAGUCUCAUCUAAUUCAAAAUUCCAGUGGUAGCUCCAUGUCCAUGGAUUUUUGUUUGGCUGGCAUGAAAAACAGCAGCUCUUUUCUCAUUGAACGAAAUGAUUGCUUGGACAAAGAAACGAGUGAACGGAAUGCAGAAGAGUCUGUUGGAUAUGUGACCGAAGCUGUUUCUCCUGAUAUGGAUUCACGCCCUAUAAGGGGAUCCAAGAUGUCAGCUCCUGAUUCAAUCGUGGAAGACCAAUGUAACAACUCAUCUGGGAAAUCCAAGAAAAGAUCUCGGAGUUCAAAUGUCCCAAAGAACGUAAGAAAUCAACAACCAAAGAAGAAUCUUAAGCUUUCUUGGCCCAGCAACGAGGAAGAAGAUGGGAAUAAUGGUCUUGUUAGGCAAAGCUUGAGCAGCUGCUCCUCAGAGGAUGACCCCAAUGCUUCUCAAGAACUGAAUGGAGGAGUGACCUCAAAAUUGGCCUCAAACUUAAUAGGGCCUGCAGCUUCAAACUUGAAAGGAAAAACAAGAGCCAGGAGGGGGUCAGCCACUGAUCCCCAGAGCCUUUAUGCAAGGAAGAGAAGAGAGAGGAUAAAUGAGAGGCUGAGAAUCCUACAGAACCUUGUUCCUAAUGGAACAAAGGUUGAUAUUAGCACAAUGCUUGAGGAAGCUGUCCAUUAUGUAAAAUUUUUACAGCACCAGAUUAAGCUCUUAAGCUCCGAUGAUCUGUGGAUGUAUACUCCCAUCGCUUACAACGGAAUCAACAUUGGACUUGAUCUGAAAAUCACACCGCUUAGAAAACCAUAGAAGAUAAAAGGAUAAGACAGCCGUCCAUAGAUCAGCACAGC